UUUUCUUAAUGACCAUUAGAAAGUGCAUCUGGUUAAGAGAAUCACACUGGUGCUGUGCGUUCCUGGGGUGUCAUGAGGGGCGUGUAACCGAACUGGGCACUUUGGAUCACGGCGUUUCUCAAGAUUCACUUCUCUCCUAUUCUCUCCGCUGUGAGCCAGAGGAGUUGAAAAUCCACUCCCCUUCUAGUCCAGGCCCGGACACUCUGCCCAGAUCAAGCACCACCAUGAGAGAGGAACCCAUGAAUUCCACCAACAUCUACGAUGCCAAUGAGGAUUAUUUUGGGUUGGCUAAUAGUUCAGAUUACUCACUCGAUGUUGAUAGCUUUCUAUGUUCCUUGCAGGAGGUCAGAAAGUUCUCUGGGCUAUUUGUGCCACUCGCUUACUCCUUGAUAUGUGUCUCUGGCCUCCUGGGCAAUAUUUUGGUGGUGGUCACCUUUGCUUUUUAUAAGAAAGCCAAGUCUAUGACAGACGUUUAUCUCCUGAACAUGGCCGUCGCAGACAUCCUCUUCGUCCUUACCCUCCCGUUCUGGGCCGUCAACCACGCUACUGGCGAGUGGAUAUUCAGCAACGUCAUGUGCAAACUGACCCGGGGCAUCUACGCCAUCAACUUUAACUGUGGGAUGCUGCUCCUGACCUGCAUCAGCCUGGACCGCUACAUCGCCAUCGUGCAGGCCACCAAGUCCUUCCGGCUCCGGUCCAGAGCCUUGGCCCACCACAGGAUGAUCUGUUUGGUCGUGUGGGUGGUGUCGAUCUUCAUCUCCAGCUCGACCUUCAUGUUCAACCAGAAAUACAAGCUGCAAGGCAGCGACGUCUGCGAGCCCAGGUACCACACCGUCUCCGAGCCAAUCCGGUGGAAGCUGCUGGUGCUGGGACUGCAGCUCCUGUUCGGCUUCUUCAUCCCGCUGGUGUUUAUGAUAUUUUGCUACAUGUUUAUUGUCAAGACCUUAAUUCAAGCUCAGAAUUCCAAAAGGCACAGAGCCAUCCGCGUGAUCAUAGCCGUGGUCCUUGUCUUUCUGGCUUGCCAGAUCCCACAUAACAUGGUGCUUCUCGUGACCGCCGUCAACCUGGGCAGGACGGACCGCUCGUGCAGCAGCGAGAGGCUGCUGGGCUACACCAGGAACGUCACCGAGGUCCUGGCUUUCCUGCACUGCUGCCUCAACCCGGUGCUCUAUGCCUUCGUCGGUCAGAAGUUUAGAAGCUACUUUCUGAAGAUCACGAAGGACCUGUGGUGCGUGAAGAGGAGGCAGAAGUCGCUGGGCUUCUCGUGCUCCCGGCUGCACUCGGACACCCUCACCUCCCGGCAGAACAGCGAGACCGCGGACAACGACAGCCCGUCCUCCUUCACCAUGUGACGCCCUCCAGGCUCGGCGCGGACGGGCUAACAGGCGGGACAAAAACGCAUGGGGCGUGUGGACAUGAAGCCAAAGCGAGGGGGGUCUUUCCUGCAAGGUCAGGGCUGCACACGCUCGGGGUGCCAGCAGGCACCGACGGGCAGCAUCCCCCAAACUCAUUUGACGGGGAUGCUCUGUGCCCCCGUCCCUGCUGGCUGGCAUUCUGCAAAACAGGCUUUGGGAAAUGCUGAAUGAAAAUGAAUUGCUGACAAACGUGAACACUUUCAGGAAUAUUCACGAAGCAGCCCUAGACCACAAUUUCUUCUGGUCGUCGCAAAACAUCCCACGGCUUAAAAACCCAAAACGGAUGGGCUUCCCUGGUGGCGCAGCGGUUGAGCGUCCGCCUGCCGAUGCAGGGGACGCGGGUUCGUGCCCCGGUCCGGGAAGAUCCCACAUGCCGCGGAGCGGCUGGGCCCGUGAGCCAUGGCCGCUGAGCCUGCGCGUCCGGAGCCUGUGCUCCGCAACGGGA